ACAAUUAUUUUACAAUCAUAUAAACUGAUCUACUGUAAUAGCCAAAGUUGGAAAGUAGCAAGUGUACAAAGGUAAAACACAAGGUACACAAGGUAAAACUAUACCUUAAAAAAAAUCAUUUAAGUAUAAAAUAUGGGACUGCAUAUUUUUUGGCCAGCAUCCACGUGUUUAACCCUUUUGGUUGUCUGUGUAAUAAUAAUUUUAUUAAGAUACGGUUCGCGUAUUUGUAAGCUACGGCAUGCACCGUUGCCGUCUGAUCGAGAAUGGGAAGAAAAGGCGUAUUCUCGAAAACUUUCAGUUUCUAUGGCGUAAAAUUAGAUAGAUAUCACCAUAUGUUUUCACAUCAUGUUACGGAUCUGUUUCGUAUUAGAAAAGAAUUUAGAUUAAAUUAGAAUCUAUUUUAUCAUAUAAGUAUGUGUUUACUAUAUAUUUCACAGUAACACUUCAGAUCUGAAAAUUCUUCACAA